AUGCCGGUGUCAGAGCUCGGACGUGGAGAGUGGUUGUCGCGGCGACGGGAGGUGGGCGGAGGAACACUUGUGGAACAGCCUGUUCUGAUUGAGACACACCGCUGUGCACGGCCGGGGUCUGGUCCCGUCUCUCGGCUCCAAAUGGAAGCCGGUGUUUGUCUCAUGAAAGAACAGAACCGCUCUCACGGCACGUCUCAGAGCCCUCUGUCCUUUGAGCAUAAUUUAUGGCGCCCCUGCUGGUUCAAACGUGCGCUGCGGAACAAAUCAAGACGCAGCCAGAUCCCUGUUUACGGUGAGAGCACGGAGAUUUUUACACACUGCACCCUCUCCCACUCUCAGCUCUACGCCCUCUCCCACUCUCAGCUCUACACCCUCUCCCACUCUCAGCUCUACAGCCUCUCCCACUCUCAGCUCUACAGCCUCUCCCACUCUCAGCUCUACACCCUCUCUCACUCUCAGCUCUACGCCCUCUCCCACUCUCAGCUCUACACCCUCUCCCACUCUCAGCUCUACGCCCUCUCCCACUCUCAGCUCUACACCCUCUCCCACUCUCAGCUCUACGCCUUCUCCCACUCUCAGCUCUACGCCUUCUCCCACUCUCAGCUCUACAGCCUCUCCCACUCUCAGCUCUACACCCUCUCCCACUCUCAGCUCUACGCCCUCUCCCACUCUCAGCUCUACACCCUCUCCCACUCUCAGCUCUACGCCUUCUCCCACUCUCAGCUCUACACCCUCUCCCACUCUCAGCUCUACACCCUCUCCCACUCUCAGCUCUACAGCCUCUCCCACUCUCAGCUCUACAGCCUCUCCCACUCUCAGCUCUACACCCUCUCCCACUCUCAGCUCUACGCCUUCUCCCACUCUCAGCUCUACACCCUCUCCCACUCUCAGCUCUACACCCUCUCCCACUCUCAGCUCUACGCCCUCUCCCACUCUCAGCUCUACACCCUCUCCCCUCCCCACUCUCAGCUCUACGCCCUCUCCCACUCUCAGCUCUACACCCUCUCCCACUCUCAGCUCUACGCCUUCUCCCACUCUCAGCUCUACACCCUCUCCCACUCUCAGCUCUACGCCUCUCCCACUCUCAGCUCUACACCCUCUCCCACUCUCAGCUCUACACCCUCUCCCACUCUCAGCUCUACAGCCUUCUCCCACUCUCAGCUCUACACCCUCUCCCACUCUCAGCUCUACACCCUCUCCCACUCUCAGCUCUACACCCUCUCCCACUCUCAGCUCUACACCACCUCUCCCACUCUCAGCUCUACAGCCUCUCCCACUCUCAGCUCUACGCCUUCUCCCACUCUCAGCUCUACACCCUCUCCCACUCUCAGCUCUACACCCUCUCCCACUCUCAGCUCUACGCCUUCUCCCACUCUCAGCUCUACACCCUCUCCCACUCUCAGCUCUACACCCUCUCCCACUCUCAGCUCUACGCCCUCUCCCACUCUCAGCUCUACACCCUCUCCCACUCUCAGCUCUACGCCUUCUCCCACUCUCAGCUCUACACCCUCUCCCACUCUCAGCUCUACAGCCUCUCCCACUCUCAGCUCUACGCCUUCUCCCACUCUCAGCUCUACACCCUCUCCCACUCUCAGCUCUACAGCCUCUCCCACUCUCAGCUCUACACCCUCUCCCACUCUCAGCUCUACGCCUUCUCCCACUCUCAGCUCUACACCCUCUCCCACUCUCAGCUCUACAGCCUCUCCCACUCUCAGCUCUACACCCUCUCCCACUCUCAGCUCUACACCCUCUCCCACUCUCAGCUCUACGCCUUCUCCCACUCUCAGCUCUACACCCUCUCCCACUCUCAGCUCUACAGCCUCUCCCACUCUCAGCUCUACACCCUCUCCCACUCUCAGCUCUACGCCUUCUCCCACUCUCAGCUCUACACCCUCUCCCACUCUCAGCUCUACAGCCUCUCCCACUGGUUAG